CAGGAAAGCAGUCGAGCAGAGUGUUCAGUGGUGAGGAGUCAGAGGGAGGAGACGGAGUCAGACGGAGGUGAAAACAUGAAGCUGGAGAACACGCCGCGUCUCCUCCUCCGCCUCCUCCGCUAAACAGGCGCAAAACACGAGCGUGGAAAUCUGCGGCGGAACGAGCAGGGUGUGUGUGGGGGUGGGGGGGGAGAGAGACCGGGGACAGAGCCAUGGCGACGGCAGGAGGAGGAGUGCGGCGGAGGAGCAGGUGCAAGAGGAGAACUGGGAUUCUCCCGGGAUUCUGCUGGAAAACCUGCUACUUCCCACUGCUGCUGUGGGUCGUGUCCGCGUGCGGGGAGGAGAAGACAUUCAUCGUGGAGACGUGGCUGAAGAACUACGGCUACCUGCUUCCUCACGACCUCCGUACGUCAGACCUGCGGCAGGAAAAGGCCAUGCAGUCGGCUGUGGCAGCCAUGCAGCGCUUCUACGGCAUCCCUGUGACCGGAGUCCUGGACGAGACCACCAUAGAGUGGAUGAGGAGACCUCGCUGUGGCGUCCCAGAUCAUCCUCACACCAGCCGCCGUCAGAGAAACAAACGCUACGCACUGACAGGACAGAAAUGGAGAGAUAAAAAGAUCUCGUACAGCAUUUCUAACUUCACCCCUAAAGUCGGGGAGAAGGACACGCAGAGAGCGAUACGGCAAGCCUUCAACGUGUGGCAGACAGUCACACCGCUCUCCUUCCAGGAGGUGCCAUACGCGGAAAUCAAAAACGAGGGUAAGGAGGCGGACAUCAUGAUCUUCUUUGCCUCCGGUUUCCACGGCGACAGCUCCCCGUUUGACGGCGAGGGCGGCUUCCUGGCCCACGCCUAUUUCCCCGGCGCCGGCAUCGGAGGAGACACGCACUUCGACUCCGACGAGCCGUGGACACUGGGGAACGCCAACAACGACGGCAAUGAUUUGUUCCUGGUGGCGGUCCACGAGUUGGGUCACGCCUUGGGUCUGGAACACUCCAACGAUCCCAGUGCCAUCAUGGCUCCUUUCUACCAGUACAUGGACACGCACAACUUCAAACUGCCUCUGGACGACCUGCAGGGAAUUCAGAAAAUCUACGGUAUCCCCACAGCCUUGUUGGAACCAACCAGACCAUUACCCACCUUACCUUCUCGACGAACGCACUCCACAUCCGAGCGAAAGCACUCCCGCCCGGCACGUCCAGCGGGUGACCGACCCGCACUACCCGGAAAUGGCAAACCCAACAUCUGUGACGGCAACUUCAACACUGUGGCCUUCUUCAGACGAGAAAUGUUUGUCUUCAAGGACCGAUGGUUCUGGCGCCUGAGGAACAACAAGGUGCAGGAGGGUUACCCCAUGCAGAUCGAUCAGUUCUGGAAAGGCCUACCACCUCGCAUCGACGCUGCCUAUGAGAGAUCUGACGGAAAAUUUGUCUUCUUCAAAGGUGAUAAGUACUGGGUGUUUAAGGAGGUGACGGCAGAGCCGGGUUACCCUCACAGCCUGGUGGAGCUGGGCAGCUGCCUGCCCAAAGAUGGCAUCGACACGGCGCUGCGCUGGGAGCCGGUCGGGAAGACCUACUUCUUCCAAGGAGACCAGUACUGGCGCUACAAUGAGGACAAGCGCACCGUGGACCCAGGGUACCCGAAACCCGUCACUGUGUGGAAGGGAAUCCCAGAUUCACCACAGGGGGCCUUCAUCAGCCGGGAGGGAUACUACACUUACUUCUACAAAGGGAAGGAAUACUGGAAGUUCGACAACCAGAAGCUGACAGUGGAACCCGGAUAUCCAAAGUCCAUCCUGCGUGACUGGAUGGGCUGUGACCAGUCGGACAUGGAGCGCUCUGGCGGCAGCGGUAACCGUGGAGACCGCCAGCUGCCGCUGGACGACGUGGACAUCAUGGUGACCAUCAAUGAUGUCCCAACGACGGUCAACGCCAUCGCCGUCGUCAUCCCUUGCAUCCUGUCGCUGUGCAUCCUGGUGCUGGUGUACACGAUUUUCCAGUUCAAGAACAAAGGAGUGCAGCAGAAUACCAUGACGCCGCACUUCUACAAAUACCCCGUGCAGGAGUGGGUAUGACAGGCAACUCUGCCCCCAAGAGGUCACACUGUUAGCGAGCCAACGUUGGCUUAAAUGGCCAAAGGAUUGUGGGAGUCGAACCCUGAUUGGCCAGAGACUCGUGCCUGUCUGUGUAAAACACAAAGUUUACUGACUUUAUCUUUUUGAAGAUGUGUAAAAGAAAGUGGAGGAGGAACUGAAUGUCUUCAGUCUCACUUAAUCGACUGACUCAACACAUAAAUCUCCUUCUCAGUGAAAACAAAAGAGGAAAGAGAGACUUUCCUAAGCCAGAUACCACGUCCAAGUUUGUUCUCCAGUGACAGCUUUUUAGUGUGAACUUCAACUUGGGAGUCUGGGAAAAAAAAUCUGAAAAAAAAAUGUAAUAAUUCCAAAAAAAAAACUUGAAGUUAAAUGUAGGUAGAAAGGCCAUAACAAAAAGAAAACAAAGGAUCUCUCUGUGGAUUAGUUUGUUUUUAGUUGUAUGGAUCUAUAUGUGCCCUCUCCGGGUCGGGGAAGGGGUCCUGCCUCAAGUGGAGGAGUUUAAUUACCUCGGGGUCUCGUUCACGAGUGAGGGAAGGAUGGAACAGUAGAUCGACAGGCGGCUCGGCACAGGUGAAGCUCUCAAUUUACCUUUCGAUCUACGUUCCAACUCUCUCCUACGGUCAUGAGCUUUGGGUAAUGACCGAGGACAUACGCCUUUCGGGUAUGUCCUCCCAGGUGGAGACCUCUGGGCUGACCCAGAACACGCUGGAGGGAGUAUAUUUCUCAGCUGACCUUGAGAUCCCCCAGAGGAGCUGGUGGAAGUGCUUGGGGAGAGGUUGAUCUGGGCUUCUUUGAAAAGCCUGUUGCCCUCACAACAACGGAGCGGAACAGGUUUAUAAAUCCAUCACAGAGGUCCUGUCUCUCUUUUAUCGCCGCACACAACAACAACGUCCUCCCAAGCAUUCAGAUCUUAAAGAGUCAAACACUUUUUUAAAAACUGAGUCGAUCGACAAAACGCGGCCCAGAACUGUGCGUAGAAGAGUGAGUCGUCAGCGUACAGUGACAGUGCAGAAGCCUUAACUCUGUCCCAGCAGACUUUAACAUUCAACAUAACCACCGCCUCAUGAUGUGUUCACACCGAACACGAUUUAUCGCAUCUAUCGCACCACGGGAUCAUUUUGUGACGCGAUGGGAGCGCUGGCCGCAAGUCGUCAUAGUCGGGCAUUUCUUUUCACCAUCAACCAAAGCAUUGUUGCACUCAACAACCACACGGAGACGGACACAACAUGGUGAAGCUCCCAAAGUUAACGGUGAAGAUCUCCAUGUUGUGUCGGCUCCGUGUGGCCGUUGUGAAUCCACCACAAGACAACGGUUUCUUCUCUGCAGAUGUUUCCACAGAAGAUAAAGUAUCGUACAGCUCCGAGUGUCCACACACAGAAACUAGUCUGGACGCUGGCGAGUAUGUGACGUCAUCCGGAGAAUCUCAGCGCUGAUUGGCCGUCGCGUCAACGUGGUUUUCCACAAAAGUUGAAAAAUUGCAACUCGAGCAUCAGUCGCGAUUGUGCGAUAGACACGUCCGGCGUGAACACGGCACGAGUUACGAUGCUGCUGCAGGUGGAAAAAAAGACUUUUAACUCUGCCUGACGACGCCAGUUUCAUCAACAUGUUGUAAAAAAUUACAACCAUUUCGUUGGUCAUGAAGGCGGCGGUAUAUGUAUAUAUACAUAUAUAUGUGUAUACAGUAUAUAUGUAUAUAUAUAUAUAUACAUACAUAAGGGUUUCUAUCACACAGUUUGCAUUUUAUUCAUGAAUGUUACAUCACAUGUUUUUUAUACCUUUGUUUCUAUUUCAGACAACUUGUUAUUUAUUUCCUAUUUAUAGACAUUUAAAUAUAAUGUGUUGUGUCAUUUUACAUGGUUAUUGCUACUUUAAAGAGAUUGGAUUUCACACGAAGAACAUGAAUGAAACCUUAAUAAUUAAACCAACGUGUUUUUUUUGCA